UUUUCUAAGGCUCCUCCCACGCAUGAGAGCUAACAAUUACUUCUAGUGGUUAAAAUAAGAACAUAAUUGGCUUAACUUACUACUAAAUUGUUAAAUUUGUGAUUAAUGUUGUUAUAAUGGACACGAUAGCUUCACCUUUACGAUGCUUUGACGAGUGUCAUUCACUGGAGCUGUUGAAAGAUGACGGAAUUCAAACCGUGACUUCAGCCGAACAGAGAAAAGUAGAGCGCAGUAUCCAAGAAGUACUCAAUGCUUACCAGCAAAUGCACAGCACACCACAACCUACGUUACUGAGAGAGCAACACUACCAGUAUCUUAAAAAGGGUUUACGCCAUCUUACAGAUGCAUACGAGUGUCUGGACGCCAGCCGGCCCUGGCUCUGCUACUGGAUCCUGCACAGCCUGGAGCUGCUGGAGGAGCCUGUGCCCGCCUCCAUCGCCUCUGAUGUGUGUGACUUCCUGUCACGGUGCCAGACCCCGAUGGGGGGGUUCGCUGGGGGCCCUGGCCAACACCCACACCUGGCCCCUACCUAUGCGGCUGUCAACGCCCUCUGCAUCAUCGGCACGGAAGAGGCCUAUAACGUCAUCAACAGGGAGAAGCUUCUGGACUUCCUCUUCUCCGUCAAGCAGCCAGAUGGCUCCUUUGUGAUGCACGUGGGUGGGGAGGUGGAUGUCAGGAGUGCGUACUGUGCCGCAUCAGUGGCCUCCCUCACCAACAUCAUCACGCCCACUCUGUUCGAGGGAACGCACAACUGGAUCCUGAGCUGUCAGAACUGGGAGGGGGGUCUAGGUGGCGUGCCAGGUCUGGAGGCCCACGGUGGCUACACCUUCUGUGGCACUGCGGCCAUGGUGAUCCUGGGCAAGGAGCACAUGCUGGACCUCAAGGCCUUGCUACGCUGGGUGACCAGUAGGCAGAUGCGCUUCGAGGGCGGCUUCCAGGGGCGCUGCAACAAGCUGGUGGACGGGUGCUACUCCUUCUGGCAGGCAGGGCUCCUGCCACUACUCCACCGGGCGCUCUAUAAAGAAGGGGACUCAACGCUCAGUCUGACCAACUGGAUGUUUCAACAGCAGGCCUUGCAGGAGUACAUCCUCCUGUGCUGCCAGAACCCAGCCGGCGGCCUGCUGGACAAGCCUGGCAAGUCUAGAGACUUCUACCACACGUGCUACUGUCUGAGUGGGCUCUCUGUAGCGCAGCACUUUGGGAACAGGGAUCUCCACCACGAGCUGGUUCUCGGCAACGGAGAGAACAAACUGGCCCCGACCCACCCCGUGUAUAAUAUCUGCCCAGAGAAGGUGGCCCAAGCCAUACAGCACUUCCACAAGCUACCAGUGCCAGAGGGGCCCCAGGCGGGAGCCACAGGAAGCCCCAUGGACCAGCUGUAGGCCGGGGACGCUGACCGCUGGAGCAUGCUGACCGGGGCGCAACGCAGCUGGAGGAGACGGGCCCUUUUAGAUGUUUGAAGUUACGGCGCCUCCGCUGGGAGUAGGUCCACUCGGAGACACAUGGCAAAGUCCAGCAGCCGCUGGAGGAAAGACUUUUGGUUAGCUCGAGUCAUGAGACUCAUAACCGGGGAUGGAGGGCAUGGCAGAUAGAAACUUGGUUCGAGUCAAGUGGCCAUUUGUGUGUUUUUUUUUUUUUUUUUUUUUUUUUUUUUGUUUGCGUUUUACAACCAGUCAACCAGUCUAAAAACUGACCCGAUUCUUGCAAAUAAAACAUCAAUUGCUUCACUACA